CAGACAGGGCAGCGAGUCUGGGGGAAAAAAAGGUGGCUUAGAUGGCCAUUGUGAAGGGGGCUAUCGUCUCUCAACCCUCCCCCAUGUCACUUGACCAUUGCUAAAUCCUUCAGAGCGUCCCUUCUCCGUGCAUGCUCUCUUCUGCUCCACUUAUUCUUUUAUGAACGGUGCAGGCAAAGUGUCACUUUUGCUUUGUCACAAAAUGCUCCCACUGAAUGGUUUUGGAGUGCGGAAAAUGGACGGACGGACAUCAAGUCGCUGGUCUUGCGACAUCCCCUCGUAGCGGCCGUUUUCCUUCUGCUCUUUGGGCCCCUUCUCCCCACGCAUCUCAUCUUUCUCCACUUUCACACUGAAAUCAACAACCUUUAUCGGCGCGGACCACCCAUCGUUUUCUGCCGUGGGAUGUUCAAUUCUCAUGUCGGAUCGAGAAGUGUUCGGAAACAGGCCUUUGUUUUUUUUGGGUGUAUAACACAAUGUGCUCGAGGCUCACGCGUUGGAACAGAAACAAGCAAGACUGUUUACACAGUCAGGAGUAUUCAAGGACACAAGACUCAAGUGUCGAAGAGGAGGAGGUCAAGAGCGAAGGCCCCAAGCUGGUGCCAUUCUUCAAGGCAACCUGUGUUUACUUCGUCCUCUGGCUGCCAACCUCAAGUCCAUCCUGGUUUAGCGCACUUAUCAAAUGUUUGCCCAUCUUCUGCCUCUGGGUCUUUCUGCUGGCACAUGGCUUCAGCUUCUUGGGGGCUCACUCCAGUGCCCGCAAGAUCCUCGCCGGCCUCAUCUUUUCCGCUCUGGGUGACGCUUUCCUCAUUUGGCAGGAGCAAGGCUACUUCGUCCACGGUCUUCUGAUGUUUGCCAUCACUCACAUCCUCUACUCAUCCGCCUUUGGAAUGAAGCCCGUCAAUGCGCGCGCAGGCCUGCUGAUCACUGCUGUGUCCAGUGUGAGCUACAUACUGCUCUACCCUUACCUGUCAGGCCCCUUUACCUACCUGGUGGCCGUCUACAUCGCUCUGAUCGGUUUCAUGGGCUGGAGGGCCGUCGCGGGCCUGCAGCUGGCCAAUGACCUUUGGACCUGGACCAAGCUGUCAGCCUGCCUGGGCGCCGUGCUGUUCAUGGUCUCUGACCUCACUAUAGCGGUCAACAAGUUCUGUUUCCCUGUGCCCCACUCGCGGGCUAUCAUCAUGGCAACCUACUACGCCGCCCAGAUGCUGAUCGCUCUGUCAGCCGUGGAAUGCCAGGAUGCGGAGGUCGCGCGCAAGAGGAUAUGAGGGGCCUCUCUGUCUCUUGUGACGACAAGCUGCCGGUAGCUGCUCCCCGGGCGGUCGUGGACACAUUUCACUACCGCAUCCCCAAGCCUCAGCCCUCGCCUCCGUUGUCGCCAUGGCGACUGGACCGCCACAGUCUCCCACCUCUCCCUCACUAUGAUGCUGUGGUUGUAUUAUCUCCAGUGCUACCUGCCUCUUCUGGAAUGUGCACGGUAUUGCUCAUCUGCCCGACAAAGUAUUGCUUUGGUUUCUUUUCGUUUAAGGAGAACGUGUCAUUAGAGACAUUUGAGGAACGUCUUAGGGGGCUGGGGUUCUGGAUAUAUGUCUUUUUUUGUUGUAGUCCUAACCCUCACCUGUCCCUUAGCAAUACAUCACCUCCUGACUCAAGACACUUAGAAAUCACCCUAACUUGGUCCAUAAUUGCAAAUCAAUGUUUGUGACUUUAUUUAUUUGUAUUUUUGGGGGGGAACUGUCUAAGAAGGUAAUGUGUAGCUUUUGUCACAUCACAACCAGGUCACGAUGAUCCUCAAAAGUUGAAUCAAAGGCAACUGGAUGCCAAGAAGUCAAGUCGCCUUCAAUUUAACAUUUGUGGUGAAGCUUUAGUUGUCUCUCAAAAGGGAUUUCCUACCGACUUGCUCGUAUUUAACUCGACGCCUUUUCUUGUUCUGUCUUCCCCUGUAUCGAGGGUGCUAUUUAAAACAAAAACAAUGAUAGUGUGAUGAGCAAUUGUAUGAGCUGCAAACUCUUCCAUUCCACUCACAAAUAACCACGACGCUGUUGUUUGGUCUGCUUUUCGACAAGCUCAGCGACACAGCCAGUCUCAUUGUCGUAGGAUUCACAAUCGCCGUUGUGCGGAGUUGAGUCGGUAUGUGGGGCAGGUAAAGUUCAUUGGUCACUCGCAUGGGAAUGCUUUUCGCCGGCAUUGGGAGGAACUGCUGACCUGUCUAGGGCAAAGUCCAGCUCUGUGCCAAUUUCAUCUGAGAUUCACUUCAGCUCUCCUUAGACCCGUAUGAAAAAGGCAGGAAGUAGUGGAUGGGUUCAAACCCCGGCUGCAAAGGUCGCCGGUGCACAUUAUGAGAGAAAAGUGAUUUGAUUUCACAUUGACUGAAUUGUUAUUGAAAUGUGUGUUGUCCCAUAUUUGGGCAGCCGGCCUGUCGCGCGAGGAAAGUCUUUCCGAACCCGUGUAGGUUGUACGAACAAAUGCAAGCAAUGCCGAAACCUAUUUCACAAAACGAAGGCCAAGGUAGAUGAAAUAUUCUUUUCAAUUCAAAAAACCCAACAAAAUCCUAAUGGCAUCGCCUGCCGUUUCCUAAUGUCUUCUGUCAUGCCCGCCCGUGCACCAAGGAACAAAGUGAUGGGCUUACAAAUUGAAGUCGCUGCGCGCUUGACUUUGGCUUUCUUUUGUUAACAGUCCAGCCUUGGCAGAGCUCGGCGCUCCACCGUCUUGACAUGCAUCCAUCAUUUUUUGGGCUGUUCGAAUGAAGUGUCAACUAUCUUAGAACAUCGCAACUUUCUUCAGCUGUCCACACACACACACAAACAUACACUAUAUACGUCUUUGCGUGUGUGUGUGUCUGUGAAUUGCCAAGUUGUGGAUGUCAGAGUGAAAAUCUACUGUAUGUACACUUGAACCGGCUUAAGGCCAGAGUUUGAUCUCUCUCUGCGCUGGCAUAAUGUCUCCUGUACAGCAGAUCCCCAAAAGUCUCCAUCCAGCUGCUUGUUUUUGUGAUGUAGAAGAUGAGUCAGCCUUGUGACCUACAGUAGAAGCAGCAUAUUUUGGGCUCGAAUUACAAAUUGUAUCCCUUCGGGGCCUUUCGACCGUAGAGGUUCCACUUGAUUUCGAUUUUUGGAAUUGACGAUGACGAUUAAUACCACUCAAAGGAGAAUCGCUGUACAUUACAAAUGUACUCUUGCAGUUAGCUGCGAGUCUCAUUCAGAGGUCACGUUUAGUUCUUUUGAUAAGGGAAUUGAUACAUACAAAACAAACGGCAAUGGGAAAGAAUCCAACCCGGAUGAGGGCUUUCCGCAUGUGGGCGAGGAACCUUCACCCACACACUGUUGUGUUUCCAUUCCACCAGAACGAAACUGCAGACAGAGCACAGCGAUGACUUGGACUUCUGCAAUUUACUGACAGCAAGAGUAGUGCAAAUAAGCCAAGACGAUAUUUGUGGCUGCCGUUCGGCCGGACGGUUCCUCAAUCCGCUUUUGACACGUCAGCACGGCCGUCGGCGUAUUCGCGCUGUCGGUCGGUUGCGCGUGUCUAUUUUUUGACGUGUCCACCGAGCGUCGCGGCUUCGUCCCGCUCGGGACUCUCCCUCAUCCGUGCUUCUGUCUCCUUGUUUUGUCUUGAGCAUCAGGUCGAACCAUAUCGGGACUAGAAAGACUUGAGUCAAGCGCUUUUGCUAAUCUGUGGGCAAUUUAUGUAAGCAGCCCUUUUGCCCUCUGCCGAAUAAAGGCAUGAGGAUUUGUCCCCUUCUGCAAUACAUAAGACAAGAUGAACUAUUUCUACAGUUCUUUUUGUGCGGCAACCGCCACUCUAGAAGGCGGUGCGUGCUGAAAAUCCUAAAGCUGCGAGGUAUCAUUCCUAUCAAACCGCUGCUUGUAUUCCACUCCCGACGCAAUGGACGGCAGCGAGCCACUCCGGUUACGUUUGGCUGUGCUGCUGGCGUCUUUCGGAAGCUGGUGUUGACGGAGAAUGUCGCCGGAUUGAAAUGAGAUGAAACCCUCCCCGCCUGCCCGUCAGCAGGUCAGACGGACACGAAGGCCACUUCGGCCGCUUCGCCUCGGCCUGUCGAUCGUCCCGAAAAAGAAAGAAAAAAAAAAAAAACAAAAAAACCUGUGAGAGCUGUAGGAGGCCUUUCGGGUCGUCCAGAACCGGUAGCUAGUGUACUACGGGGGUCCAGAUUUUCACUUGCACUUUGCCGUUACUCUCCUGACUUGCUCUCUUGACCUGCGCAUGACAACGUAGGCUGAAAUGAAUCCACAAUGUCAACAACGCUCAUCUCCAUGAAUCAAGUUCAGAUCUUGUGUGCGUGCGCGCGUGUUUCACGUUAAGACUGACAAACUUACAAUAUCCCGAUGAAGGUAAAACAGAACCGUCGACGCUGGCCGAGUUUGUUUGUUGAAUACUUUUACCUGGAGAUGAAAGAGUAAAGAUGUGUUCAGAAAGUUGAGUUUUUUGACAUUGUUAUUUUGUUUACAUUUUGACAAAUCUAUAACAACGUUUGGCACUGAAUGCAUAUCCAACGUUUCAUUGUCGGAGUAGUUUUGCCGGAACUACGAGAAUCAUUUUAGAACGAUUCGCUCAAAACAAUGCCAUCAAUGUCGCGCAACUCUUCAACUGAAUCUUUUAUAUGCUGCUACGAUAUGACGUGAGGGCUGCGAUGAAAAGACGAAGAAUAUUUGAAAGAUGCAACAAAGCAACGUGGAAGUCGGACUUUUAGUUCACAGCACGUAUCGUUCGGGAGGUAUUUCAAACUUGUCAGUGUUUUUUUGGGGGGGGAAUCAUGAUUAUGAAAUCAAAAAAAGAAAGCAUGCUUUUCCCCCCUUCGGAUGGCCGCGUAUAAUUUAACUUGAUUUAAUGGCAAAAAUGUGUGCCUGUAUUUCUAUGCUAUGAUACUGUAUUUUUCACUUGUGAUUUCUUGUUUCUUUCAAGACUGUAUAGACCAAAUAGUUCCUUUGCUGUAGUGAAACUGCUAUGAAUGUGAAUGUGAAAUGUGUAGUGGAGAAAUAAACGCAAUGGCAAUGCAA